GACCAUGCCUGCUUACCCAGGCCCCAUCAAGUUCUGCCGCUUCUCCCCUGAUGGCCACCUUUUUGCCACGACCUCUGGUGACUGUACCAUCCGCCUGUGGGAUGUAGCAGAAGCCAAGUGUCUGCAUGUCCUGAAGGGUGAGUGCACUGGGUGGGACUAGGACCAAGCAGCCAGGCCUAUGUUCCUUUCUAGACCCUGCCGUAUCCUGUUCCACCAGGUCACCACAGGAGCGUGGAGACGGUUAGCUUUAGCCCUGACUCAAAGCAGCUGGCAUCGGGUGGCUGGGACAAGCGGGUGGUGCUCUGGGAGGUGCAGGUAUGUGGAGGGGCGGCCAGAGCGAGACCUGGGACCUGGAGGAGACAACCCCCACCCCAGUGCCCCAGAAAGGUUGUUCCAUUUUCCCCACUGCCCAUGCCCACACCUGGCAUCCAAGACCCCCUUACAUCUGGCUGCAGCUACAUCCCCAGCCACACCAGCCCUCUGUGCCUCAAGAUCUCUGCCUGUGAGGGUCAUGUGGCCUGGAUUGCCCUCUCCUCCCCUCAAGGACCAGUCUGGCCAGAUGCUGCGCCACUUAGGAGGGCACCGAGACUCUGUCCAGAGCAGUGACUUCGCACCCAGCUCAGACUGCCUGGCCACUGGCUCCUGGGACUCUGCUAUCUGCAUCUGGGACCUGCGGACGGGGACCCCAGUGACCUCCCACCAAGAGCUGGAGGGCCACAGUGGCAACAUCAGCUGCCUGUGCUACUCAGCAUCCGGCCUCCUGGCUUCCGGCUCCUGGGACAAGACCAUCCACAUCUGGAAGCCUUCCACCAGAAACCUGCUUGUUCAGCUCAAGGGCCAUGUCACCUGGGUGAAGAGCAUAGCUUUCUCCCCUGAUGGGUCACAGCUAGCCAGCGCUGGCUACUCCCAUAUGGUCAAAGUCUGGGACUGCAACACAGGAAAGUGCAUGGAGACUCUGAAGGUAAGUAAGGUCCACGGAUGUAGCACCCAAGGGUGUAGGAAAAGGCCUGCCAGGGGAGGUUGGGGGCAGGCAGGACUCGCGUUCCCAGAGCCCAGUGAAGUGCUUUCGGCAGGGAGUCCUGGAUGUGGCCCACGCCUGUGCCUUCACCCUAGAUGGGAAACUCUUAGUGUCUGGAGCUGCUGAUCAGGCAAGAUGCCAACUCCGAUGCACGAUCAAAUCACCCAGAGCCUCUCAGAUAUAACAUCACCACAAAUGGCUCUUUGAUCUCAAGCCUGUCUCUCCCUGCCCAGGGCGCAUGGGACCUGGCAGAACGAGCCCCUGAAAGGACAGUGAGGGCAGCUGCACGCCACAGGCCCAAAGUAACCUUAACAGAGCACCCAACAGAUCCCUGUGACCAGGAUUGGUCAUGGUCCCGCGCCGGGGCUGCCAACAGCCGCAGGCAGGCCUGCCAAAGCCCCCAGGCCCCUAGUAACCACAACCAGGGCACGCCAGCCCACCUCUCCGGCACGGUUCGCUGAAACACCCGCAAACACGAAGCAACGCCAGCCAGUUUGUUUGUGUUUUAUUGAUGCCGGUGCUCAGGCCUUGACCGCAUACUUCCGCAGUGGGUACAGCCGCUCCUUCCGCUGCUGCUUCUUGGUCUUCAGGUUUUCCUCGUGCUUGUUUAGCCGGCGGCGCAUGGCACGU